AUGACAGAUAAUUUAACAGACGAUAUUAAUGAAGAGGAUCAAGAUUCUAUCGAAUUUUUUAUUUCAUUCAGUGGUCAUGGUUUUGAACCCAGUGUGCUAAACAAUGCUGGUCGUUUAUUGGUCCUCAACAUAUUUGCCAAUUACCGGAACUCAACUCUGCAGAAUCUUCAUCAUCAUGGUCAGAACCUUCAAGUUUCCAACCCCCCAUUUUUCGGACCAGGUACCCGUGUUGAUAAUGAACGCCAUUUUCACUAUGCUUCACCAACAGGAUUGUUCAUAGUUUUGUCAUUUUUUCAAUUUAAUCGUAAGUGUGAAUCAUCAUCAAUUGAUUCAACACGACAAUUCAUCUAA